AUGUCAUAUAAUAUUUUGGGAAUCACAUUGAGGAAUCACGCCCAAUCGUCCUGGAAGUCAAUAAAAGAGGCUCAUCCUGCUAUAUUCUGUCUCUAUAGCCAUAAAAAAAUGAUACUCAAUGAAAAAUUAACCAUUAAAAGAGAGAAUUUCACUCUUCGGAGACUCAAAGACAAAGUCAAGAUGUUUUACAAACUCAAAAUGGCUAAAUGGAUUGACGCGUGGAGGCCAGACAAUGAUGCAAAAGAAAAAGUUCUUCUUUGCCAGGUCGAGGAUGACUCGUCGGGGCCUUUCCAUAUUCCUCCGCCACCAAUGACAUAUUGUUCAUACUUACCUAGUCUUCUUUUGCAACCAUGCGAAAUUGGAAAAGCAGACGAGUAUGGUUUUAGCCUUCCCCUCGAUUUUCCAUCGGUUUUAUCAGAGGCAUGGCCGAAAGCGGCACGCCUGAAUCAUGUCCGCUGGAACCCCAAAACAAUAUUUCAAGUCAGCCUGACCAAAUUCGUGGGCAAAGAACAGUACACAACCUUAUUUGUGGCUACCGAUUAUGCCUCCCAUCGAGUGAAGAGGGAGGAGGUCAAGGAGGAGCUAGUUUUGAUGGAUGGUUUAGGACCCAUUCGAAGCCACCUUAUUUGUUUGGAAACCCAUCCUGUAAGGCCAUUUCAAUUCAAGCUUGUCAAUACUAUGUUCAAGCUGUCCACUGAAACGCCUGAGGUUGAGUUGUACUUCCUGUACAAGAUUUUGGAGAAUUUGGGCCAGCCUUCACUCUCAAUGACAGACUUCGAGACUAAGUGGUAUGCUUCUUUCGACUGUAUGUCCGAUAUUUUCUUCCCCUCGGCCUCUUCGACGCACGUAACGUUUCUCACUUUGCCUCAAUAUCACGAGCCAUUUGCUGAUAAAUUGCUCAGAAACAUUCCAGUGCCUAAAGAUGGAGAUCUCAGUGCCGUGGUUUGGGACCAUGAGUUCUUUUUGUAUCACUUUGCGCUUCGUCUCCCAAGGACGUUUGGCAGCAGAAUGUUGAGCGUCCUUCAAGAAGGGUUUGACAAGUUGUUUGAUAUGGCCAAUGAAUUGGUUGGGCUCAUUCUAAUGGACCGCUUUAGAUACGACUUCUGUAUGACCACCGAGUGGAUGAUGCUUGUGCCUCGGAAGCCUGUGAGAGGAUCAAGGUUCUUGGAAUUCGAGGGCUUCAACUCUUUAGGCUUGUUUAGGUGCAAAAGGGAUUACGAAAUGGCGUAUAUCUCUCAGCAGGACUGGUUGACAAGCCAACUCAUCACCAGUUAUUACUGGGGUCCUGAAUUAGACGAGGAUGAGUGUGUGAUCCAGAAUGAUGAGCACACAUUGGAAGAUACUAUCUGUGUGAAUUUUGACUCUCUGGGUUUACCUUUGCCUUUGCUCUGA